AUGGGAUCUAUAUUUAAUUAUAAUGGUGGUUGCGUUCUAGGAAUGACUGGAUCACAAUGUGUUGCAAUUGCAUGUGAUCUUCGCCUUGGGUCAAAUAGUUUUACAACAGUUAGUACGAACUUUACAAAAAUUUUUAAAAUAAAUGAUCAUAUAUAUGUAGGAUUAUCAGGUUUAGCAACAGAUAUACAAUCAUUAUAUGAGUUGUUAAGAUAUCGAGUUAAUUUAUAUCAAAUACGCCAAGAAACAGAUAUGAAUAUAGAUUGUUUUUCUAAUAUGUUAUCAAACAUUUUAUAUUCAAAUAGAUUUUCACCAUAUUUUGUAAAUCCAAUUGUGGUUGGAUUUAAAGUAAAUACACAUAUAGAUGAAAACGGAAAUAAAACAAAUGUAUAUGAACCUUAUUUAAAUGCAUAUGAUUUAAUUGGUGCCAAAUGUGAAACUAGCGAUUUUGUUGUUAAUGGUGUAUCCAACGAGCAAUUAUAUGGAAUGUGCGAAUCGAUGUACAUAAAGGACCAAGAUGAAAAUGGACUAUUUGAAACGGUUUCCCAGUGCUUACUAAGUGCACUAGAUCGUGAUUGUUUAUCUGGAUGGGGUGCUGAAGUUUAUGUAUUAACUCCAGAUAAAAUAAUAAAAAAAAAACUUAAAGCAAGAAUGGAUUAA